GCACCGGACCUCAAGCAGCAUUCACCCUGUGGUUGAGGAGCCCUGGCUCAGAAACAGCUCCAGCUCAGCCUUCUCCAACGUGUAUCUCAGAAUGAAGGCGACCUCCUCCUGCCCCAGUGCCAGGCUGCACCGUGUCCUGGGGGAACUGAUGCUGCUGUCACUGCUCCUGGCUGCACUAGUUCCCUCUACCAAUGGACAACCUAAAAUCAUAGAAGAGUUAGCUGAACUGCGAUGCCUGUGUCUGAAGACGAUCUCUGCAAUGCACCCCAGCAAGAUCUCCAGUGUGGAGGUGCUCAAGGCAGGAGCCCACUGCCCCAAAAUCCAAGUCAUAGCCAAGUUGAAAGAUGGGAAGAAAGUCUGCCUGGAUCCAGACCUUCCAGGAGUCAAGAAAAUGAUCCAGAAAAUAUUGGCAGGUCAGGGAUCAACUAGUUAAUCUGCUUACUUCCUGCCAAAAAUUUUCAACCUGCCUGGAAGGGCAGAAUUUGGAAACCUUAACUUUCUAUAGUUUCUCUUUAUCCAGAAGGCCCAUUCUUAUUGUAUGAAAAUUAGUAUAAGCUAUUUUGUUUCAAAAAUCACAUUAUAUUCUGAGAAGGCUGGUUGAGAUAUGAAAGAAGAUGGAAAUAAGCAAGUUUAGUAAUAAAUAACACAUAAUUUAUGUUUUAUUUUCUAAUUCCUCACUUAACCCUGUGCUGUGCUUUACAUUCCAUUUGUUUGUUUUAAGGCAGAGUCUUGCUAUGUGGUUCAGGCUGGCCUUGAGUGUUCUAUGUAACCUAGCCUGGAUGUAAGCUUGUAGCAAUCCUCCUGCCUCAGCUUCUUGAGUGCUGGGAUUAGAGGUGUGCACCAACAUGCCUCAUGAAUUUCUUUCCCUGAACAUUUAUUUUCAAACCCAUUUGUGUUCAUUUUCCUUUCUCAGAUGUUAGGUUAGAUGUGCUCAUGAUGACUAAUGGAUGUGACAAUGGCCAGUGAUAUCAAGGACCCCAAAGAGCCAAGCAUAAAAUGCUUCUCAAUAAUUUUUUAUAUAUAGGUAUUAAGUUUUCAGUGUCUUAGCUUUAAAGUAUCUGAUUUCAAACUUUCCUCUGAAAAGUUUUUCUAAUGUUUAUGUCGUACUUCAAACCCUAAAACUAAUAGUCUUAGGAUAUAAAUCUAAUAAUUGUAGGAUGUAAGUCUUAUAAGUUGUGGUGACUUAAAGUGAGUGUACUUUAUGCUAGGAGAGCAAAAAGUACAUGAUGAAAAAGCACUAAUAUAUUCUACAAAGAAACUCUAGAACUUUCUGCAGUGGCAACAAAGAAAAAUGACUGAUUUUAUUUUUCUUUUUGAGACUGUUUUGCUCUGCAGUUCAGGCUGGCCUGGAACUCACUUUGUAGUGCAGGCAGGCUUUGAACCCACAACAAUUCUCCUGCCUCAGCCUCCUGAAUUCUGGAAAUACAAGUGUGCACCACUAUGCUUAGCGUGACUCAUUUUAUUUGAUGUUAAGUGUUUUACUCUUGCAUGCUUGUAUAUAUUUUAUCUAAUUAAUAUCUGCACAAUUAUAAUUUAAGUAUUAGAACUGAACUUGCAAAUAAGUACAACAGGGAAACAUUGUAAGACUACAAAUUAUUUUUUAAUGUACUGAACCUUCAUUUAUUUUUAACCCCUAAAAUUAAUGAUUUUAUUAUUCUUAUAAAAUAUUAAUAUCAAAUUUUGCUAUUGAUACAUUACCAAUUGAAACAGAAUUUGGGGAAAGUUUUAACUUCAUUUUAUUGUUGUGAUUUGCUUUUUUAUGUUUUGGUAUUUCACUAAUAAAAGUCACCAAGUUGA